AUGUCGCCUUUCACUGUGGGUGACUAUCUCGCAGAGAGGAUUGCCCAACUCGAUGUUCAUCAUCACUUCAUUGUUCCAGGAGAUUACAACCUUGUUCUUCUCGAUAAACUUGAAGCGCAUCCGUCCUUGACAGAGAUUGGGUGCACCAAUGAACUCAACUGCUCCCUUGCCGCCGAAGGCUACGCCCGUGGCCAUGGAGUUGGUGUCUGCAUCGUGACCUACAGUGUUGGCGCCUUCUCGGCCUUCAAUGGCGUAGGCAGUGCUUACGCUGAGAACCUGCCUGUCAUACUCAUCAGCGGAUCUCCAAAUACCAAUGACGUGAGCCAUCAUAUACUACAUCAUACCCUGGGAGAAUAUGAUACGACGUAUCAACUUGAGAUGGCUAAAAAGAUCACUUGCUGCGCUGUUCGCAUUCGUCAAGCCUCCCAUGCCCCCGGGCUGAUUGACCAAGCUAUUCGAGCUGCCCUUGCACACCGAAAGCCCGUCUACAUCGAAGUGCCAACUAACUUGGCUGGAGAAACUUGUCUCCGUCCUGGACCCAUCAGCUCUGUAGUCUCGGCUGUGUCAAGCGAUCGGCACUCACUAGACGUUGCUGUGGCCAAGGCAUCCGAGUUUAUCAGCUCCUGGCAGAAGUGCGUCAUUCUCGCCGGGCCAAUGGUUCGAAGGGCCAUGGCACAAGACGCACUGCGUCAGUUGGCGGACGCAAUUGGAUGUGCUGUUGUGCUACAGCCCGCUGCAAAGGGCACAUUCCCUGAAGAUCACGCUCAAUUCGCCGGCAUCUUUUGA